AUGGACGAGACACGUAUAGAUGCAGCGCCAACUCCAGCACAUAUCUUUGCAUAUCGUGCCUUUCGCGGAGUUUUCUACCAGUCGCCAGAUUCGUCCCCAGUCAGGCGUACAGAAGACCGCAUUAACCUGGAGAGCAAGAAAGAGAAUGGUCCGAUCCCACCUACUCGAACGUCUCGAUUUGCGACUUCUCCUGUGAACACUAAGCGCAAAGGAGUUGAGACAGAUUUAGCAUCUCUCAAUAUCAGUCUCACACCCAAGAAACAGAAGACCAUUCCAGUGUCUCCUAGCAAGAGCAUAUUGAAAAAAGCGAAUGUGCCUACACCACGGAAAUUGGGACUCAGGGACGUCACUGUGACCUUUAAGGAUGCAAGAGCGAGCAUUAGUCCCGAACUCGCCAGACGAGGUUCACCACAAAGAGUGCGUUCGCAGCCACAAAACAAUAGUGAUGUGUUUCGAAGCCUAGUAUCGAAGAAUGCCUACCCUACAGGUGCCUCCAUAGAAGCCGCAAUAACCACGAUGCCACGCAAAUCGGUCCCCGACUUUGACCUUGGCGCAUACAAGGCACAGACUGAGAAGGAAAUUAGGAGGUUGAUGAAGUAUGGGCAAAAAUGGAAAGAGCAAGCUAAGCGGUACGAAACUGAGAACUUGAAUCUACAAACCUUGCUGGCAGAUGCUCGCAAGCAGAAUGAGAGGCUCAAUAAUAGACUAUUGCAAUCUCAGCAGCUUGGGGCUGUUCGGUCCCCAUCCUUGCGUGAUCAGGUCAAGCGCAAAGCCUCGCUACAAGAGAAAACGAAGGAGCUGUAUACCAUUGAGCCACAUUUAUGGCGCUCCUUCGAGUCCGAGACUACGCAAGCCUUGGAGAAGAGAACUGCUCGAGCUUAUGCAACAAAUGGUUACAAAGUAGAUAGCAAUGUACAAAAGACCAGCGACCCGACGUCACGAACUGCAGAGCAAGAUGUAUAUGGAAGACCUCACCAACAGCAUCACAAUUCUCAACCGUCAUACACGACCACUGCUGGAGCUCCACGGUCGGAAGCACUCAAGCAUAGGACAAGUACUCCCUCAGAGAACAGGUCGGCGUCAAGAUCAGAUUCUGACCUUUCGGCUAUGGAAAGAGCUCAAUCAACAUCAAGGGCCAAAGAUGUGGAUGUCCAGACGCCAAGAACGAAUUCCAGAGCAUUGAUGUCGUUGACCGCAAACACCCACCACCGGGACGAACUCUGGAAAACUCACGAACUUUCGCAAACCCGAGCAGUGAGCAAUCCCGAUCCUGGCAAGGCAGAAAGACUGGCGGCCGCUCGUUUGCGACUACAACAUAGGCGGCAGGCGCGAGGCACAAGUAUCAGCCUUAGUCCUACAGGGACGGGUGGUUCAAUCAGUACUCAGGCUGCUCUGGCAACAAAGGACUUGUCCAGCAUUACUGAAAGAGACAAUACUCAGGUGGAUUGGGUGGGUGUGUAA